GCCGCAAAAAAAAAAGUUUGAGAAAGCAUCGAGCGAGCGAGUGACGGACGACCUCGAAAACGGUAACGACACUUUGCUUUGCUAAUUCUUCAAGUUUGGAGAGCCCCGCAGCAGCGUAACAUAUCGAUCCGAACACGACCCAACGCAACAAUGCCGUCCGCUCAUCCCAAGCGGCAGCGCAUCCAGGGUGCGACUACGGAGCAGGCGGCUCAUCCUACACCUACACACUCCCGCAUUUUCGCUCCAUACCGAGCCAUCGGUCACAUCACCUCACCAGUGCCGUUCUCGCUGCUGCCGCAAGGGAAGACUUUCCAGGUUACCACGGCGCUCGAGCGCACGGUGCAGACGUAUGACGUGCGGAAGCUGAACCUGCUGUUCGUGUCGUCGCCGCCGACGCCCGGCGUCAUCGCCCGUGUCGUCGCACAUAAGGAUGUGGUCUAUGUCGCCUUUGCCGACUCGAACGCGGGUGGCGCUGGCGUCUGGAUCUUUAAGCGCGGAAAGAAGAUGGGCGAGUUGCAGAUGCCGGCGCAGAGGUGGGGCGCCUGGAAGGAGUUGAUCGUCUUUGGGGAAUGGGUCGUGGGCGCCUUCGAUAAAGCGCUCGUUGUGUGGAGGAGGGAGAGCGGCGAGGUCUACACCGAGAUCGAGAUGGGCGGGAAGGGGGGCGCGGUCACCGCGGUCUGCCACCCCAGUGCGUAUCUCAACAAGCUGGUCGUUGCGAGGAGAAACGGUGACUUGGAGAUUUGGAACAUCAAAACCAGUAAGAAAAUCUACACCAUACUCUCACCGGUUCCAAGCACUCCAAAUUCUCCAAAGGCGGUCACCGUCCUUGUGCAGACUCCGGCGAUCUCGGUUUUGGCGAUUGGAUAUUCGACGGGCGAGAUUCACUUGCACAAUAUCCACACAGAUGCACCGCUCUUUACCCUCAACCAGCGCUCCCUCGUUGUCUCCUCCCAGACCAGGCGUGUUGCGAGCCUGUCGUUCUGCAGCGACCCGUUCGUUGGCGCAGAGAAGACGGGCGCAGAGGGCGUAGGUGGCCGUAUUCUUGCUGUGGGACAUGAGGACGGACAUGUCACUCUUUGGAACCUGGAGAAGCGCAGGGUCUUUGGAGACAUCAGAAACGCGCAUACCCCUUCGCCGCAGGGUGUCCAUGUACAAUGGCUGUCGGGAAUGAAUGUGCUGGUGACGAGUGGCGCAGAUAACAGUGUGAAAGAAUGGGUAUUCGAUUCUCCGCAUACGACGAGGCCGCGCCUCUUGCGUUCUCGGGGUGGUCACUCGGACGCCAUUUCUUCCUUGACCUUUGCAUCUCCCGGAACCUCUCACUUCCUCCUCUCCGCUUCCCGCGAUCGGACACUCCGAGCUCAGUCGCUCCGCAACGACGCCCAAUCGUUCGAGUUCUCGCAAGGAGCUGCGGUCAAAAAGGCCACAAAGGCAGCCCAGAACGCCAUUGAAGAAGCAGCAAACACAAUCGCAGAAUUCAGGGCGGGACCAAUCACGGCCAUUGCAACAUGUUCAGGCGACGAUGGGGCUGGUACGUCCGGGAGAGAAUGGGAGGGCAUUGUUACUGCCCAUCAGGACGAGCGUGCUGCUCGGGUGUGGAGUUUCCAGAACAAGAAGAUUGGACGAUGGCAACUACCCACCCACGACGAGGGCGAGGUCAAGUCGGUGGCCAUCACUACCUGUGGCACGUUUGCAAUAAUCGGAUCGUCCAAGGGCGGAAUCACAAUGUUCAACCUCCAGAGCGGCAUGCAGCGCAGACGAUUUCCAGAGCCUCUUACCCCCGCGCAGGCUAAGCAGGUCAAGAAGGGCGAAGCCAUCGGAAAGAUGAACAUGAUUGGAAGGGGAAAGCACACCAAAGCGGUCACGGGAAUAGUGACGGAUGCCCUGAACAGGGUGGUCAUUUCUUGCGGCCUGGACGGAAAAAUCAAGUUCUGGGAGUUCACAACAGGAAUCCUGAUCCAUGAGUUCAACUGGGAAGGUACCACAAAGAUACCCAAUAUGAUGAAGUUCCAUCGGCCUUCGGAGCUCAUGGCUGUUUCUUGCGAUGAUACUUGCAUUCGUGUCAUUGACGUCGAGACUAAAAAGGUCGUGAGAGAGCUUUGGGGCUGCGAGGGCAAGAUCAGUGACUUCUGUUUCUCCAACGAUGGCCGGUGGAUCGUUGCUGCUUCUAUGGACAGUGUAAUAAGGGUCUGGGAUCUGCCGACCGGUCACCUUAUCGACGGUAUAAGAACUAGCAAUAUUGUUACUGCCUUGGCGUUCGCUGGGUCUGGAGAGUUUCUGGCGACGGCUCAUGUGGGAAGUGUUAGUAUUAAUCUCUGGACAAAUCGGACACUCUUCCGCCAUGUUCCGGCCCGCCACAUCGAGGACUCGGACAUCGUCGACCUCGCCAUGCCCUCGAUCUCGGGAGAAGGCGGAACCAGCUUGGUGCACGCUGCCCUCAAUCUGGACACCGAGGAUGACGUUGAGACUGGUGUUUACAACACCGCCGACCAGCUGAGUAAGGACUUGCUCACCAUGUCCUUGGUGCCCCGGACCCGAUGGCAAACGCUUCUCAACCUUGACGUGAUCCGACAACGCAACAAGCCCAAGGAGGCCCCGAAGGUCCCCGAGAAGGCACCAUUUUUCCUCCCUUCGCUCGAAAAAGGCAAUCCAAACACGAUGACCGAGAAUCUCGCUCUCGUUUCCGCCUCUGCCGCACAAAGAGCGGCCGAAGAAGCGACCGCCCUCGCCGCAGACCGGAAUAGGAUCAUGCGUGUUGACCCCAACAUCAGCACCGGCGAGUCGCAGUUUACACUGACGCUGCGCUCUGGAAACCAGGCCAAGCUGCUCGACCACCUCAAGAGCCUCCCGCCAUCAUCUGCAGAUUUGGAGCUUCGGAGUUUGCAGGACGACGAAAUGGCUGACUUUGUAAACGCACUCACCCAGCGGCUGCGAACGAGGAAGGACUUUGAGCUGGUGAAUACGUGGAUGAAUGUUUUUGUCAAGUGCCAUGGUGAAGCUAUCGCCUUGGGUGGGGCGAGUGGGCUCAGAGAAGCGCUCGAGACGUGGCAGGCAGUGUUGAGGGCGGAACAGACCAGACUUGGGUCAAGAGUAGGGUUCUGUUUGGGUGUUGCGGAGUUCUUGAGAUCAGGGCGGUGAUCAAUCGUGACGGGAAAGCGGUCUUAUGUAAUGAUUGUAUAUACUGUCUUGAGGACCGGUUGGCCAAAAGUUGUCUUGAUUUUGUGGAGACGUAGAUAAUGAC